CUCACUCAUUCUAUUUACUUAGCUACUGCUCUGAAAAAUAGAAGAGGUGACUAAAAUCCUUCCAGCCAUUCUUUUCCAUUUGGUUUUUAAAGAGCCUUCUAAUUCAGAGGGCCUUUUUUUUAUCCAAUUAUGAAGACCUUCAUUGUCCUAGCACUCUGCUGCAGUUUUUUCUCUAGCAGAGCCACCCCUCUUCCAUCAGAGUUUUCAGACUGUGAUGACCCUGAUGUCUUUAAAGCUGUUGACGCAGCACUGAAGAAAUACAAUGGAGAAAGUGCAACUGGUAACCAAUUUGCUCUAUACAAGGUGAUGGAAGCCAAGAAAACUGCAGGUCCUGACCCAGAGUUCUAUGUAAAAUACAGAAUACUUGAAAGCACUUGUGCCACUGACGAAAACAAACAAUGGCAACAGUGUGAUUACAAAGCAUCUGCAGAAGCUAAAACRGGAGAAUGCACAGCUCGAGUUCAUAUGAAUGAUGCAGAUAAAACAACUAAUGUUUCACAAAAGUGCAGAAUCUUCUCAGAUGUGCCAAAGAUCAGACUUACAAAGGCUCCAUGUCUUGGAUGCAUGCACCCUAUACCAAGUGAUGAUUCAGAAGUGUCAGAAAUUCURAAAAGAGCCAUUCAAAACUUUAACAAGCACAGUGAAGAAUCUGCCCUUUUUAAGCUUGUGGAAGUAAAAGAUGCCAAGAGACAGGUGGUAGCUGGAUGGAAUUACAACAUUAAAUAUGAACUUGAGGAGACUAAUUGCUCCAAAGGCCAGUUUCCAGAUUUAACUCCAGAAUGCAAAAUCACUUCUAGAGGUCGUGUAGCUAAAUGUGAGACCAAAGCAUUUCAGAAUCUUUAYGCAAAGAUCGUGGAUAUUGUCAAUGAUUGCAAGCUUCCAGUUGCAGAAACAGUAGUUGCUGCCAUUUGUCCAGGCUGUCCAAAGACUAUCCCAAAUGACAGUCCAGAACUAAAGGAACUACUGAAGGUUUCUAUGGAGAAGUAUAAUUCGGAGAGCAAUGAUGAAUUCUACUAUAAAGGUGGAGAAAUACAAUCAGCRACAGUUCAGGUGGUUGCAGGAAAAAAGUAUCGAGUAAAAUUUACAGUCUGGAAGACAAACUGCUCAAAGAGUGAGUUUGAAAAACUUAAUGAGGACUGUACAGCCACAUCAGACAGUGCAUCACUGACAUGCGAAGCACAAAUUCUUGUGAUCCCAUGGCAGAAUAAAAUCUAUCCCCAUGUGAACUGCACUGAAGAAUUUACAAAUGUGUUCUAUGCAAGAAGGCCUCCUGGAUUCACACCUUUCCGCAGCACUAUGAUGCUAGGCCAGCCAAAUGCAGUUUCAAAUACCAAUAAAAAUGAAGAAGGAAGUCAAGGCCCCAGCACAGAAAUGAGGAAAGAUGAUGAACAGGAACCAGAUGAAGGUGAACCUGAGCACAAACACAGGCAUAAGCAUAGGCAUGGAGUGAGAAAGGAUCACAAGUCUGAUAAAAGGCACAGGCAUGAAAUUGGUUGUGGGCGCGGAAGCAGCCAUGGGUGUGGGCAUAAAAAACACAGUAAAAAGAGUAAACAUAAACAUCCAAACCCCAAAUCUUCUGAGGAGUCAAAUAAAAAGGGUUUUAAUCAAAAUGAAACCCUCCCAUCAGCCAGUGCUGAAAGAGCACUGGAACUGGUUAGUGCAGGGGGUGCAAGGAAGGAAACCAGCAGACCUGUAGAGCCACUAAUUCUUCCUGAWACUUCUUUAUUCAAUGGGUUUCCAGUUCGCCCAGAAUCGCCUGGCCCCAGAUGUCCUGGAGAACCAUGGAAACAACUUGUGGGCUUUCCAGCCCCUCCUAGCUUUCCAAGAGAACUCGCAGAUGAGGAUCUCUUGCCUUCUGCUGCAGAAAACACCGAUCCAGCAACAGAAAACGAGAAAGAUUUUGAUCUUGCAGAUGCUAUACUGUAAUUUAAACACUGUAGGAUCCUUUCCAGAAAUGUAACAUAGAAAAUAAAAAUAAUACUGUCUUUUGAAAUGUAUAAAACAUGAAGAAGCAAAAGCUCAAAUUCUGUUAACUGAAAUACUCAAGUAGGUCACCAGCACUUCUGGGGACCUAAGACCAUAUGGCAAUACUGUGUAUUUGCAUAUAUUUGCAAAUAUGUAAAUCAGUGUAACUCAUCUGCCUCAAGUUUCUAUAAGCACAAACUGAAUCACUGCACCAAAUCUUACUGUAUUAUAUUUAAAACAAUGGCAGAAAGAAUUUUGCAGAUUACAUGAAGAAUCUCAAUCAAAUAUGGAUAAAACAGAGGACAAUACAGAAUAAGGGAGCCUCUCUUAGAUUUGUGAAAUAAUUUUUCUCUAAUUUACUGGAGUGCAUCAUUUAAAGAACAAAACAAAACAAAUGAACCUUUUUAUGUGUUAAUUUCCUUGAACAAUAUUGCUACCAGUCUAUCACUAGCAGGUUGUUCUGUUGGAUGAGAUAACAGGGACAGCUAAGAGAAUCCUAAAUAAAGCAGUUUUAUUAUUCCCUAUA